AUGACAUUACCGCGACCAUUCCAGACUGAACACAGUGAGAACGUGAAAUGUCGGCUUCCGUCCUUUCAGCUGCAUCUUCCUCUAUAGCAAUGUUUCCUUCAGGUUUAGCGAACGACAAAUAUCGAGGUGCUGUAGUCGAGGAUCUCCAAUUGCCACCUGCUUUCUCUUUACCUUCAGACGAGGCAAUACUACGUGCAAUAGAGCUUGCUUAUGAUCGUGAUUUUUCUCAUAUCCCCGUUUUGAGUCGUGAUCGGCGACCGAUUGGUUAUGUUGAUGUCGCAGGUUUGAAAGCCAAAUGGGAAGCAGGAACCGCAAAUCCUACUGACAAUGUGGUCCAGUAUAUGACGAAAUUUCAACGGAAAGCAUCAGAACCAUACACUCUUAUUACCCCUUCCACGCCUCUGAAUGAACUGGAAGAAUUCCUUCAACAGAAUAUCUUUGCGCUAGUUACGGAUUAUGAUCGCAAAUUUGUACUUGCUGUGGCAACAUCCCAGGACCUAGAAAACUUUGUUUCACGCCGGGGUCUCUGAUUGACAGUUCGCUGUUACUUCAUGCGCAUUCUACUCUCUGAUGUAUAUAUUCGUAAUAUAUUGCAUUUGUACGACUU